AUUACUUGCGUACAAAAAUUUAUUGACGCCAUUAUUAAGGAAUUGUAACAGCGUUUGUCCAAGUUUCGCCAAAUAUUUUCACAUCCGGGCACAGAUUUCGGGAGCAAGUCUCUGCCUGAUCACUACGCCUACACUUGAAAAGUAGUCCCUCCGCACCCAUCAAAGAUUUCUAAUUUCUCUUUCUAAGACAACAAAAAAAGUUGACCAAGAACGUAUAUCGUUGCGUUAGUGAUUAUCUAGCACCGCAUGUUGGGGUAUUAAUUGAGUAAAUUGAGUUUUGAUCAGUCAGCUGCAGUUUCAGCUCAUUUAUUCGUGCAGCGUCUCUACCCUAGGUAGGACGACGAAAGCUCAGCAGUACUUUCCGACUUGAUGUAAUUUGUGUAAUCUGUUAUACAAGACCUGUUAUUCUUCGCGGGGUCGAGUGAUACUCAAGCCAAGCUGGAUGCCUUUCAAAUGAACGCGAUGGAGCUGCAAAGCCUUCAGAGUCAACUUAAAAGUGCCAUCCAGAACCAUCAGAUCGUGCUGUCAAAAAUGCGCAUUGAUCCUCAGAAUUCGGCUCUUCAGAGACAGCUGCAUGAUUUGCAAGCCGAAAUCAUGACGCUAAGCGACAAGCAAAAACAGGUGGUACAACAACUGAGGUCAGAGCUUGAGCGGAAACAAAGUUCAGCAGUUCUGAAGCUUUCUCACAAUGCUCAACUCCUGCCUAGGGGCAUGCUGGGCAGUGCAGGCGUUCCUGUGAAGCUGCAGGCAGCCCUGAAGGGGGGACCAGGAGGUGUGCUGCUGCCACAGGUGGUGGUGGUUCCAAGCUGCAGUGGACCCCCUCACGGCCCGCCCACUCUGAUGGCCCCGUCAAUACGUGUGCCGCAGUACCCGCCCUGUGGCCAGCGCUUGACUCCACAGCAGCCAUUGGUGCAGAGUCAGCAUCAACAGCCCCAGCAGCAACAUCAGCAAUCUCAGCAUCAGCACACCUUGGUCGCCACUGCACCGCCAGUGCCACGGGUUCCCAAGUCCUGCGUCGCCGUGCUUGUACAGGCAAGCAGCAUCAACAGCACAGCUGCAGGACUGGUGGUUCCAAACCUUGGAACCAACGUUCACAGCAACACCAACAGGACCGCUGUCACCACAACGACGACCACAACCACCACCAAUGGCAUCUGUGCUACGGGUGGUGCAACCACGAUGGUGACGGUGACAGCUGCGAUGCCUGCACCCGUGCCCACUGCGGCUGUGGCUCCUCCUCGCAGAGCUGUGCCUGUGGCUCCCCCUCCUCCAAGUGCCCCUCCACCAACUAAGGAGGACCACCAGAAGCUGGAACUGCUUAGUGCCUUGGGCCUGAUGACCCGGGAGGCUCUGCGCGAGCUCCAGCAUCGUCGGGGAGAGCGCAAGCGGCGCACCACUGCCAACCCUCACUUUUCCAGCGCUGCCCUGGAGGAGAAACGGCGCAAUGCACUGCUUCUGAUUGGCGAAAACAUGGCCUCGGGCAGGAAGUGUCAAAAGGUGCGAUCACGCCUUGGUUCGUCCACACCAAGUUCACCGGAAGCGUCGUCAAACGAGACCAUACCCAAUGGCCAUCCAUCACCACCACCCUGCUGCGAUGUCACCACAAAUGUGCUCACAAAGAGAGAAGAAGCACCAGUGCUUGUAAAUGGAGAUGUGUUGCAAAGCUGGACAAAGAGCACUCCUGAAGAGGUCACAAACAAUUCCUUGGGCUGGGUCAGUGACUACGCCCUACUCAAAAGUGCCAAAGCAGAAGAAAAGCAGAAGCUGCUGAAAAGAAGCCUGGAAUUAAAAGCCGAGCGCAUGCAGCUAGAAGCGAAGAAGCAGCAACUGUCGGAGAUCAUUGCUAACCAGCAGAAGCGGCGCCUGGAACUGCAGCUUGCCCUGCAGACUGUUCAGAACUCGUUGGAAAAGUUUGAGCGUGUUGUAAAACUUUUUAAAGACGCCUCUUGAUUAGACAAGUGGUAGAGAGAGCGUGCGAGCGCUGCAUCCCUGUGAAGGUUUUUCCACAUUUGCUGCCAUUUGGAAGAAGAAAAAGCCUCCCCUUGCAAGUCUCGCAACGUUGGUGUCCCAGCCCCAAAGCCGACCCACUCAGGACCGUCUGCUGCACCACCUAUCGAGUACUCUGCUACGCUACAGGUGCCAGGCGCCACUGUGCAUGGACAGUCGUAGACCUCACCGUUUGUGGUCUUGGAUUCUUCACUGCUGAGCAGAUGGAGGCAGCACUGCAUACUACAAUUUCGGUCAUUGUGCGGUGUUUGUGCGUGCAUGUGGGAGUGAGUGAGUGAGUGAGGGAGGGGCUGACUUUGAAACUGCACAUGGUGACAUGUUCAAGUGUACUGCGGGCUUGGCUCCAAUCAUGCGAGUAGAACUGCCAACAUUCUAGUCAAGUAUUCUGGGCAUUGUCAUGUGCUGCGGUUUUCUGGGGAUUGCCAUUCCACGGAGGUGUCAAGCAGGAUCUGCCCAGCUUUUUUAAAUAUGCUAAGGACAGUGCAGUUGAUAUAAUGAUGUUUGGUUUCUGCAUGCAUGCCUUUAUUUUUCUUGUAUUGUUCUUUCCCUCAGUUUUCAUUACCUUUACAUGUAGAGAGGUCAGUGCGUAUGCAUCUAGAUGAACGGUCGCUUUUAUGCACAAAAUUAUGCUAAUAUUUCUUUUUGCUGGUCCCUCCUGUUCAUCUUGCCUUCUGGUUACUGUAACAUUGGCAGAAAUAAAAAAAAAAAUUGUAGGCAGUAUGUAAAACACCUCAGAACCUAAACUGCAAUAUAUAACAAAAUAGUGGAUCAUGGAUUCCUCUGAGGUGUAUUGGUUUUUGUAUAUGUUAGCUGUAUUAUUUCAUGCUCUACUUGCCAUGUAUUUAUUGCACAGUUAUGUGCAGGCAUGUGCCUAUGGGUCACGCCAAAACUUAUUUAUGUCUUGAAAAUUUCUGCAAUACGGUGAUAACAGCUGCAUGUUAGACCUGAUGCCAUCUGAGAGGCCAUUAACUGUUAUUAAUGUGUGCCUAAUAGUAGAAUGUUGGUCACUAUAUUGGUGCGAACUUCAAGAAAUGUGUCAUUGUGUGUUCCUCCUACUUUUCAAGAGUGUUCACAAUUAGGGGAACCAGAUACUACUUGCCAAGGCAUCAUUCACAAUGUACAACAGUGGGACUUUGCCACACGCAUAUCUUGCCAUCUUCAAUUUUUUGUGAAGUUGCAAAUGCUCAAGCUUAGAGUGAAGUAAGGGGGGUGGAGGGGGAGGGGGCAAUCAGAAUUGAGGGGAGUGGUUGUGCCUACCACGCACUAACAAAGGUGAAAUUUGUUGGACAUGUGAUUCUUGGGUGGUUAACAAGUGCCCAUAUUUCUUUUGCUGUGAUGUGCUUCUUUAAAGCAUUCGAGUCUGCACUGUCUUGGAGUUUUUACCUGUCUACCUGUCUGGUUGAUAAACACUGAGUGAACAAGUGGAGCUUGACGACCUGACGUGAGGGUCCCAUAUUGAGGGUCUCCUUGUGAGGGUCUGGUUGAUAAACAGUGAGUGAACAAGUGGAGCUUGACGACCUGAUGUGAGGGUCUCCUUAUAUAAACUUUGCUGGUGGUUGAGGGUUAACUUGUUUGCACACUGUUAAUCAAUUCAAGUGUUCAUCUUCCAUGACCUCUUCAUAUGAUCUGCAUUGACAUGAAAAAAUGUCUAAAGUUUAAAGUGGUGUGAGGUAGGCAGUAAUAAACAAUGUGCCGUCGGUUGUGGCAUGACUAUUGACAUUACAAGCUAUUUUUUUCACUCUUUUAAGCUGCUUUAAGUACUUCUGACAGUGCUUGACUGGUUCUUUUUUUUUUUUUGUCAGUUUUAAGCACCUUUGCAGAAGAAAAUAGGUACUCAUGAGAUUGAUCUGAAGGCCAACAUUGUUUGCAAGGUGGGCUACUGUGUGCCAAAUAAUGUUUGCAUUUGACAUGCAUGACCUUUUGAUGCCACAACUUUUCACACGAGGAAACAUGCACAUUUGAACUGUUUUUCGUCUACAUGACUGAGCUGGCUAGUGACUGCUGUGCAGUUGAUUGGUAUGCUGCUACACAUAGUGUUUUUAUGGUUUCAUUACAUGGAUUUAUGGAAACAUAAGAUUGCUGGUAGGACUGAAACAGUGAAUUUGUGUGUCAUAUCAGCAGCUAGUCAUUGCCCAACAAUUCUGCCCUGGGCCCAAUCAGAUAUGUAGCUAGCCAUUCGCAGCACCCUUUUGUAUGUAGCAAUCUUUGGUAACAAUUUUGGCAACCUUGGUCACAUCUCUAAAAAUGGGUGGCCACUUAGUUGUCAGUUUUUAAUAUGGCUAGUUGACCAUAAUUUGUGAGACUCAUUCUCUUUGCACAAUAUUUUGCAGAGCAUUGCCAGCCCAUCAUACUAGCAACGCAGCACUGACUUAGCUUGCGUGGCACCCAGAAAGUACUUUAUGGAACCAUACCAGAAAUGCAUCGGUCUAAGACGCUGGAAAUGGCGUGCUGAGCCAUUUAGGGCUCAGUAGACUGAAUGAACUUUUGCCAAAUGGUAUGUUGAUGCCAGUGUCAUAAAUGUAGCAUGCAUAAUUACACAGUAAAUUCAGUAAUUAAUGUAUGUUGUUAGCACAUAACUGAGACAAGUUACUGAUAACUGUUAGACUACAGGGUGCUGUUGAGUUUUCCUGAAUGAACGAUGAGUAGACUUAAAAGGUUGACCUUAGUGCAUGGGAGCAAUUUGCUGUGCUUGCCAAUUUCUGAAUUGUGAGCAAUCUGCUGGAGUUGCUUGCACUUGUUGAAGCUUCUAAGGCACUUCUGGGUUUAACACUAUGCUUAAAAGUAGGAAAGAAACUAUAUUCUCUUGAGUCGAAACAGUUUCUUUAUUCUGAGAAAGGAGGUGGUUGAAAGAAAUUGUGCACAGAUGUAACAACUCUUUUUCUGUAGUGUAAUCACGUUUCAAGAAGAAAUAAUGCAAAGUCUUCUAAGAAAUGCAGCACUGCAAUUAAGCUUGAUGGAACAAAAUAAAUGUUUUAAUGAUUCUAUCAAGUUACAGCUAAAGGUAGUCACUAUUUAGCUAAUGUGAUAGCAACCGGUAGAUUAAUGAACAGACCAUACUUUCUGGCAGUAAGCAGGAUUAUGAAGUGUUUGCUUUUUUAGUUUUUCAAUGAGGUAAUAAUUCUUGCUCAGAUAUAAUGGUGUGACUAAUGUGGUUUUAAUUUGAAGCGCCCUCCCUUACUCUCGUUAUCACAGGUACAAAAAGAAAAAAUGGGGUGGCAAGUUUCUAGAAAAUAUGACAAGAAUUAUUUAAGAUCUGGUCUCAUAUUUUGUUGAUCAUAUUUAGGGAUGUCAAAUUCCCUGCACAACAAAAUAUUAGGCUAAAGGCAAAUUUUUGAUGAAUGAAGUGAAGCUUCCAUAAACGAUACUGAAAAUUAAGGUAGACAUGUGCAUCUUAUAGGGGACCUGCAACACCUUUGCCCGUUAUUAAAGGGCACCUCCUCGUGAGUCUUUCUUAACAAAAUUAUUGAAUCCACUUGGUAUUGGCAUUGGAGUUCUGCUGACCCUCAUAAUAAGCCUUGCCCUCUUUUUGAUCGUUUGAAGGUGCUGCCGUGCUCGCAUUGAAAAUACCCAGCCAUGCUCUGCCAAUCGCUACGCGAAGCUAUUGUGUUCGUAUGGCUUCUGUAUUGUGCAUUGCAACACUCCAUCGUACCGCCUGAUUUUUUGAGGUCAUAGUUCAGGCACAUUGGCACUGUUCUCAGGCCACUGGAUUAUCCGGUCGCCCUAUCAGUGAUGAGAUUUCUCCCCUUUUCUAUCCCCAGGAUGCACUGCUUAUUCAUGAUUUCAAAAGGAAUUCAGCCAGUGGCUAUUGUGUAUAUAAGUAUGUGGAAUAUACAGUAAAUGUGGAUGGGAGUUACGGAAUUGAAGGAAAUAGCAGGUGAUAUUUUGAAUGAAGCUGUAGGCCUCUUGCUGCGAGUACAGGGUUAACGUUAGGCACUGGGGUCCAUGACAUUAUUGCAUAAAAACUAAGCAGGUUUAUGUGUCAUGUUCUAAAUCUGUUGCAGCACCCCUUUAAGGUAUGUACUGGCAAUGCCUCCUUUACUAGAUGCCAGCCGCGUUGUCCGUAAACUCGGUUCCUGGCCCUCUCCCUUUUCUCCCCUCCGCGAAAAGGCAACGAGCGCCACUUGUGGCGGACGUCUGCAACUUAGAUCACGUGCUGCGGCCCCUGAGAUUACCACGGCGUCUGUUGCCAUCUCGGAGGCCCGCGAUAACGCUAGCUAACAGACGCCCGCGCAUAUAAAGCGCCGGCGGAGCAUUCAGCCACCGCUGCCACAUCCGCCGGAAGUUGAAAAGGCAACGAGCGCCGCCUCACGGAAUUUAUGCUGAACUAACUUCAACUAAGGGAACCGCCGCCGCAAUGGGAAAGCGAGCAACGCGGCUGGGCAUCUAGUAAAGGAGGCAUUGGUACUGGUCGAUACAGAGCUGCCUUUGUUGCUCAAUAGCAGAGACUUCCACUGGUCAAUUUGGAGCAGAUAUGUAUGUUCCUCUGGUCAUUUUGAACCAUCUCUCACCGUGGUUGAUUGCGUUUGCUAUCCAGAAGUGCUAAGCUCUUCAUUUCAUACAUAGCAGGCGAUGCUACGAAGGUUAGAGAGAUUUCUCUUGCUGCUCACAUUGGUGUGCAAAUGGUGCGCUACAUACAAAAGAAUGACAUAGGUAUGAAUAAUGUUAUUUCAUGUGACUGUAAAUCACAUACAUUUAUGUCGCAAGAUAUAACAAAAUUAUUACAUGGAAGGCAUCGUAUAUCUCAACUUCUUCGCCACCAAGCACGCAGAGUGACACAUUUCUGUGACCAGUGGCCACAUUGCUCCGCUUGAGCUUGCAAGCAAAAGCAUUGCAUCGCAUACCAGCAGCACAAAGAUGCACAAACCGUACACGAGUUGAUGUCAUCUUACAUCCACAAGUUGUAAUUUAGGAAGAAGUUAUUCCACUGAAAGCAUUGCAGAUUGAAAACAAGUACACUGCAAAAUUUGUGCAAGGAGACUUUCAUAAAUGCCCCACUUGUGUAGCUUCCUCAGCAUUGCCUGUUAUGUAUCAAACUGAGUAUAGAGCAAGCCGUUUUCUGGUGGCUGCCACUGACAAGUUCUGCUGAGAUCCAGCACCGAGCAUCUCGUUUUGUUUUGAUUUUUCUGACAGGAUUCAAUUUGUUAAAUCUUUGCACUUGAGUACUCGGGUGCCUUUACCAAACUACCUAUUGAAUUUUCGCUUAGUUUUGUGUUUUGUUCCGACUAUGCAGUGCAACUUUCUCUUUCAGUAUGUGUCAGCUGUCUUCAAGUAAUGGAAGUGGAUGUGAUCAAAAACACUUGUGCCUAGGCACAUUUCUCAUCAGCAUUAUCUUCGUGUUGUCUUUGAGAGGAUAGGCAGGCAGAAAUGUUGCAACAUCAGUGAGCGCUUGUCACUGCUGUGGGGAUGUACGGAAUGUGAUGUCGUGCAAAAGUGCAGAUGUUUUGCAAAAAGUGGUUGAUUGAGAGCAUAACUCCGCAUUUGUAUGUGCUACAAGUGUGAAUUUUGAUGCUCUGAAUUGGUAUUGAAAAUUCUUUUGCGACAGGGUUGAAGGGAGAAAAGCCAUACAUUGUGAUUUUGGUGCACAUGCAUAGUACGACAUGUCUUCACGGCUGUUUUUAUGCACCACUGAGCUUGGCUCUCUUGCAAUUCGGUUCCAGUUUUUAAAAGACAUUAUGGAUACGUCAUGUUAUGUCAAAAGUAGACAAGUCAUUUCAUCAUGUAAUCGUAUAGGAAGUGCAUAAGCAUUUUGAAUGUUUCAAAGGGCAUUUUUGUUUUUCUUUUAUUUGUACUGAGCUCUCCCUUGAUUAAUGAAUGCAGUGUGGGUGCAGGCCGAAGUCAUUUUUCUUUUAUGUUAAAUGUUGAUUUUUGAUGAGCCGUUAUUGCAUAGUUGAAGGAAACUUUUCCUGUGCAACUUUAUGACCUCGAAUUGUGGAAGCUUGAUUCUCUAAAAGAGGAAUGUAUUACAGUUGGUGCAAGUUGUUCAUUGAAAGAGCCAGCCCACCUUGAGAACAUAUCACAUGUUACUCGAGUUCUCCACCACUAUCAAGCCAUUUCCUUGCCGUAGGUUUUAUCUUGUGUGGUGUGCCCUAGUGAGUGGGUGUUCCUAGUGUGCAUGCAGAGUGACUAUUUUUUGCUACAAGGUGCGACUGUUUGACGAUACACGGGGCAUUGUGGCAUGCAGCAUAUGUAUAUAACAGGAAAUAUGAGCUCACUAGUCGCACAGAUUAUUCAUUUGUUUCCAGAGUGUACAAAAAUUAUAACUUUCAGUGCUGUUGUGUGAGUGUGGACUAACCAAGAAAAAAGUUUGGUUGUGCCCAUGUCUGCACGAUAAAAACUUCUUGUUUUCUAUAGAAUAGUGGGGGGGAGGGGGAUACACAUUGUUGUCAUACUUUUUCGGCUUGUUUCGUCAUACACAUUCUCGAUAGCAGACUUCUUGCCUUAUUGUCAUACUUAGUCUUUAUGAGAUGCUCAUUUGUGAAACUUAUGCUACAGAUAUUGAGGAAGUGUGUAUGCAUUUGCACCCUCCCUACUUGUUAACCAUGUACAGAAACUGUAUGUCAUCACUCAUUCAUGAUAGGAUAUCCUUUUUUUUAUCUUUUAGAAAACUGAUGGAAUUAAAUAUACAUAUUCAAAGCCUGA